CUCCGUUGACACACGUGUUGCCUGUUUGCAAGCAUGGCUUCGUCAGCUAAGAGGAGAGCAGUCGGUUUGGGUCAAAAUCCCGAGGAAAGUGACAACAGCUCCGACGAUAACCCGGAGGACGAUGGUGAUUCCGGCGAGGAGGACAGCGAGGCAUCAGAUGAGGAGAUCCACGAGGAGAUCGUUGUGGACUUUGAAGCCCACACCAUUUCACCCAACGACUUCAAUGGCGUCAAGAAACUGUUGCAACAGGUCUUUCUGAAGGCUCAUGUAAAUACAUCAGAGAUGACAGACAUCAUCAUUCAACAGAAUCACGUUGGAAGUGUCAUCAAGCAAGCCGAGGUGCCAGAAGACAGUGACGACGAUGACCCGGAUGAAGUGUUCGGCUUCAUCACUAUGCUUAACCUCACCGAGAGAAAGGGUGUGCAGUGUGUGGAGGAGGUGAAGGAGUUGAUCGUGGAGCAGUGUGAUAAGAACUCUACCCACAGCGUGGCGGAACAGCUGGAGCACAUCCUCGGCGAUACCAGCAAGCCUGUGGGGCUGCUGCUCAGUGAGCGCUUCAUCAAUGUGCCUCCACAGAUUGCCCUCCCACUGCACAAACAGCUCCAGGAAGAAAUAGCUGAAGCUCAGAGGACAAAUAAGCCCAGUGGGAAGUGUCACUAUUGUCUGAUGAUCAGCAAGACCUGCAAAGAAGCAAGCAAGAGUAUUCCAGCCAGAGGAGGAGCUCCCAAAGAGGAAUACAUGUUUGUCAAUGCAGAGGAAGAGUUCUUCUAUGAGCAAGCCAUCAUAAAGUUCCACUACACGGUCCAGGACGAGGCAGACUCCUGCUUGAGCGGCAGGUGGUCGUUCGACGACGUACCCAUGAAACCUUUCAGGACAGUGAUGCUGAUACCAACAGACAGAAUGCCCGCAAUUAUGGACAAACUCAAAGAAUACCUAACUGUGUGAACCUCACAAUAAACUAAGACACCUAUGCACAAUGCUGAAGACCUUCAGGCUUAUGGAAAUUGUUGAAUAUACUCUGUGUAAGAGACUGUAGAAGAAAAUGUUUUGGUACCAUCAGCAACAGUAGCGCCAGUAUUGUAAACUUGACAUCUAGUACAUGUUUUUUUUAUUUUAUUUUGGAGUAUUUACAAAUUCCUUGUUCACUUAUACAUACCUGCUUAUACUGCAGAAAUAUACAACAGGUUUGUCAUGUGAAUAUAAAUAGAAAUACAGCACUAAAUCACUUUUUUUAAAAUACUUUUAUGACAAGAUUAUAAACCAAAACAAUUAAAUGAUAACUCUUUUGUGUUAAUGACAACAGCUCGUACAGGUGAGCUUGAAGGUCCAGUCUCAGCAGAUGGAUUUGCCAUAAAGUCAGCGUACUGGAUAGUAAAGCUAUUGUCUACUCUUAUGUCCUUGACGACAUAACUUAGAAAGCUUUUUUUUUUUUUUUUUAAACCAAAUUUGAUCUCGAUUGUUGUGAAAAUCGAACGUACAGGAACAGAAUCCUGAAUGGGGUUUAUUUGUGCUGUUCUUCCGAAGAUUUUCCAAUUGAGCAUUUCUGUAGAUCUCUUGCCACCGAAAAUAAAUGCGUUCUAUAUCUUAA